AUAGACUUGUGUUUGUGGGGUGAUUCGGAUGACUGGCUUCAUGAAGGGCCUAUACACAGAGGCCGAGAUGAAGUCAGAUAAUGUGAAGGAUAAAGAUGCAAAAAUUAGCUUCCUUCAGAAGGCCAUAGACGUGGUUGCGAUGGUCUCGGGAGAGCCAUUGUCGGCGAAGCCAGCCCGGAUCGUGGCGGGGCACGAGCCCGAGAGGACAAACGAGCUACUCCAGAGAAUUGGGAAGUGCUGCCUCAGCAAGCUGUCCAGCGAUGAUGCGGUGAAGAGAGUGCUAGCUGGAGAGAAGGACGUGAAGGGAAGGGCCUCACUGACGUCGAAACCUCAAGAACCGGACAACAGGAAUGUGAGGGAAGAGGAGCCCAGGGUUCCUAAAGAUGAAGAGGGCAGAAGAAAUUCUGAAAUAAAUGAGAGAAGUACAAGCAGAGAUCGCAAACAAAAAGAAGAAUUGAGAGAAGAAAGCAAACAGAGGGAAAAAGAAAGGGACAAGGAGAAGACCAAGGAGAAUGACCGUGAUCGACAUAAAGACUCUGAGAGAGACAAGGGCCGCGAAGGGGAGAGAGAGAGGACCAGGACCAGGGCCAGGCCUGACAGGGACAGAGACAGAGGCAACAGGGACCGAGACAGGGAUGUGGACCGUGCACGAGAGAGGAAAAACGAGGGAGGAAAAGAAAAGGAGCGGUGGAAAGACAGGGAGAAGGAGCGUGAGCGAGACAAGGGCAGGGACAGGGAUAGGGACAGGCGGAGGGUGAAAAACGGGGAGCAUUCCCGGGACCCCGUCAAGGAAAAGAGCCGAGAGCAUGAUAAACCGGAGAAGAAGUCAUCAAGCUCCGGGGAGAUGUCUAAAAAGUUGUCCGAUGGAUCUUUUAAAGACUCCAAAGCUGAAACAGAGCCACAAGACGGGAGGAGCGUGCAGCGCGGGCUGCAGGCCGGAGGGCCCUGUUCAGCUUGUCGUAGGAGCGAUGAUUUGAGUGGCUUACUGCCUGGACACACAGCUGGGGAGUGCAAUCCUCCGGUCUCCUGUGUGGACCCCUGGGCUUCCUUAAAGCUUCAUUUGACGGAGGUUUCCAGUAGAGCACCCAGGUCAGUGGCAACAAAGACUUCAAAACGGCUAUCUAAAACCUCAUUGGAAGGACCGACAGAAGCUAAUACUAACUCAGCUAGUGUUUCAGAUGGUAACUCACCUAGUCUGUGGCGGGACAACCCCGAGCCAGAACCAGCAGUGAAGCAGAAAGGUGAUUCCCCUAGUGUUUCAGAAGGAGAAGCAGGACCCAUCAGCCAGGAGAAGUCAGAGGUGCCCGCGAACGCUGAGGUCCCCCCCGAGCUCCCGUCCGGCGCCAGAAGAAUUCCUCGGCCUGGGAGUGCCAGGCCAGCGCCUCCCCGAGUGAAACGACAAGACAGCGCGGAGGUGUUAACAGCGGACAGGACAGGAAGUGGUCAAACCGUCUCCAAUGUGAUUGUCGAUGUGCAGAACUCUGAGAACGAAGAGGACGACCAGUUUGUGGUGGAGGCUGCGCCCCCUCUCUCUGAGGUGUCAGAACUCGAAGUGGUACCCGCAGUAGAACUGGAGGAAGAUGAGAAGCACGGAGGACUCGUCAAAAAAAUUCUGGAGACAAAGAAAGAUUAUGAGAAGCUGCAGCUGCCACCCAAACCUGGAGAGAAGGAGAAGUCCCUUGCCUUGGAGUCAGCGUGGAAGAAGGAGAAGGACAUUGUUUCCAAGGAGAUAGAGAAGCUCCGCCUGUCCAUCCAGACGCUGUGCAAGAGUGCGCUGCCCCUGGGCAAAAUCAUGGACUACCUCCAGGAGGACGCGGACGCCAUGCAGAACGAGCUGCAGCUGUGGCACCAGGAGAACCAGCAGCAUGCCGAGGCCCUGCAGAAGGAACAGAGUAUCACGGACAGUGCCGUGGAACCCUUGAAGGUGGAGCUGGCGGAGCUGGAGCAGCUGAUUAAAGACCAGCAGGACAAGAUCUGUGCCGUGAAGGCCAACAUCCUGAAGAACGAGGAGAAAAUUCAGAAAAUGGUGUACAGUAUCAAUCUGAGUUCAAGAAGGUGAAAGCUAAAAAAUUUCAAAGAUUUGAAGUCAUCCUCAGUUUGAAAAUAAAAAGGCAGAUAGAAUAUAAUUUCUCUUUAACUCUCAAUUUGCAAAAAAAAUAAGAACAAUUUAUAAUGUUAUCCAGCUAAUUUUCAGAGCUUUCAAAACUGUAGGCACAUUCAGUGUAUAAAAGACCAUGUUUUCUACCUUCCUCAGGCUAGGCUGCUCGCUAGUUAUAAACAGCUCUUCCAGACACUGAUGGGAAUUUCUUUGCAGGCAUGUUCUGUCCACAACAGCCUGUGGAGGUUAGUUCUGUACUGACGUUCUCUGGCAGUAGUGCUGUUGGCAUACCAAGGCGAGCAGUGGUCAUAGAUUUCAGGUUCGGGUUUGGUGAGGACUUCUGCAAGUCAGACACUGGAUGAAGGGUGACUAUGCUUUUGGAGGCACUUUAUAAAUAGAAUGUGGCCUGAACAUGAAUGGAUUAUAUUUUUAAUCCAUUUGCACUUGAAAAGGGUUAAAAGGGUUUAUUUUUAUAAGGAUGCAGGUGAACUCUUUAAACCUCUUCAUAAUUGUAUAUAAUUCUUUAUGUAACUUUCUUAUUGGUUCCUGUUAUCUUUUGCUUGUGUUUCUAACCUGUAAGGUUCAUACAUUUAAGAAGGCGAUUUCGGUGUGGCCAUCAUGACAUUAUCUGGACAUGAGUUUGUCCCGGCCAUCCUCACUUUCUUUGGCAUCAGCCCUGCGCCUCCCCCGAUGGGCGCUUGUGUGGCUGGCUCUGCAGGAGGCCUGCUCUCCCAGGCCUGGAGCACGUCUUCCCUUCGGACAGGUCUGUGCACCUGUGCACCCGAGAGAUGGAUAGUUUAGGGGAAUCUGAGAAAGGAAGACUUAAAAGGAGGCACAAUUUACCAAUUUUUUUUAUAAGACCUUUUUAUGGGGGGAGGAAAUUAUUUUUUAAAGCCAAAUUUUUAAAAAUAUGGUUUAGAUUUAGUUUUUCAUUUACAUACAAUACCGUACAUGUCUUCAAGUUUGUAUAUAAAGGGUUUCACCAUUCAGAGAUGUACUUACUGGUCCUGAUACUUUUAUUUCUAGAUGCUGUAUUUAUUAUGUAAACCAAGGAGUGCUGGUUAAGUGUUGGAAUUGCCUGAGGAAGUUUUGUUUCUCUGAGGGCUAACACAAAUGGCACAGCUUGGAUUUUUCUUAGUGUGAUUUCCAAAAUAAAUCUUUUACUAAGGUAGUUAUAUGAUUUUCUAAGCUGAGUAAGUUCAAGAUCAGAUUACCAAGAUCUGCCAUUUAGAAACACUGGUCUUUUUCUCCUUUCUAAAGUGCACCGUAAAGUUCUGUUUGAUCUGAUUAUACUAAAUAGUUUAUUGGAGGCGGGGAGGCUUUUUAGCUAACUAGUCCUUCAUAUACGUACAAUCUGUUUUCUACUGAAUUGAAUGACUUAGCCACAAUCCCAAAUGGCCCUGUUUUGCUUCAAGAUAAGAUGUCUGCCCUUUAUGAAUUUGUAUAUAUGACUAGAAUUUUUGUUGCAAAAAAUUACAUACAUUGUAUGUGGGUAAAA